AAUAAAAUAAUAAUUUAAAAAAGACAAAACAAAGUAUUUUACCUUUAUAGAAACAGUGAUGCAUGCCCCCUGCGUCUCGGGGGUUGUUUCGACUCUCCCAUAAUACUGUCAUGCAGUGCAUUGAUAUCUGUUCGUUCUUACAUUAAGACAACAAAAGCAAAAAACAACAAAAAAAACAUGUUUAUUCUAUUCAACCCUGAAAACUAUACGCAAGUAACGUAACGUUAAUGAAAAACGUUUACUGUCCUUGCACACGCAGAGCAAGCCGGGCUUUCCAUGUCUCAGAGUUUCUUAGCAAGUACAACUACUGGGUUUGAUGUUAUACUAGUAACUCCCCGGCCGUUUUUAUUAACGACACGUUUAUGAACAAUCAAACGGUACUCGUAAAAAUUUAUUGAAGGGCAUAAAACACAGCGCGUCCAGUCUGCGGCUGCAUGCGGCCCUCGGAAGAGGGCAGGUUUUCAAGCACAGACUCUCCCUUUCCGUCAGUGUGUGUGUUUUUAUAUUUCUAGGGGUUUUCUCUAGCAGUGAAUGUUUGUUUGUACAAGCGUGUAGUUUUAUUUUAAAAUCUACCCACUCACUAACUGAGUCUCUCUCUCUCUCUCUCUCUCUCUGUUAAAAAAAAAAUAGAAGCCGCACAAUUGUUCAUUAAUCCACUUGACAUUUGCAAUUAAAUACUAUCCUUUUUACAUUCCGUCAGAGGACAGAUAUUAUAUCUUUUGGCUGUUACCAUACACCCCCUGCAUCCCUCCCCCGCGCGUCUGUGAAUGAGUGUGUGUGUGUGUGUGUAAGAAACCGCAUUGGAGAUCUAGCUACGCUCUGCUAGUUAUUCCUGAGUGUAAUUUUGCCAUUCGCCCGUGUCCGUCGAUCACGCUAUGGAGAGCAACAAGACAGAUAAAUUGCGUUACAAAAUAGUGCCUGAUGCCUAUCUUGGUCCCCGUGCCGUGCACCACACUGCAAGCAAAUGACAUCUCUGUUAAACACCUUCGCGCCACCUUUAAUAUCAUCGGCACAGAAAUAUCCAUCCCCAACAUGAUUUCCACUUAAAGGGAAGCCUGCUUGCCGAGUCUCUGUUGUGUCAGGAAAGGGGCCCGCGCAUUAAUACACGUUGGAGUUUUGGGGGUAAAUAUAAUCACGUGGGUGUCGGCGAGCCAAUAGGGUGCAGGGUAGCCCGCAGAAAUAAUUACCUGCCUUGAUUGUUCUGUGAGCAGAUACAAAAAAAAAAAGAAAAAAAAAGAACACAUACACCCGUCCACACAAUAAUCUGAUGAAUGUAAAAGAGACGGCAAACCACACCAUGUCGACCACAGGUCCCAUAAGCAACUACUACGUGGAUUCUCUGAUUAACCACGAAAGCGAAGAGGCGCUGACAUCAAGAUUCGCCGCCGCUACCGGAGCGCACACUGCGGGUCCCCGGACAGCCGGUUUGGUCCCGGAGUGUACCGACUUUCCCUCAUGCAGCUUUGCUCCCAAACCCACCGUGUUUACCUCGUCAUGGGGGCCUGUGCAUUCACAAUCUCCGGUCGUGUACCACCCUUACACCCACCAGCCGCACAUCGGAGCAGAUUCCAGGUACGUGCGCUCCUGGUUGGACCCUAUCCCCGGAGCCGUCUCCUUCCCUAGCUUCCCAACCAACAGCAGGCAUUACGGGCUUAAGACUGACGCUUUUCCCGGGCGGAGACCCGGGGACUGCACCGCCGCGGACGGGAGGAACUACUCGGAUUAUCUGUACAGCUCCUCAGCAGACGUCAGGGACAGGACGCCGCAGAUCAACAUUCCUUCCCCGGAAUCAGAGGCGACAGUAUCCGGCAAGCACAAAGAAGACAAGACAGAAUUAGACCCAAACAAUCCCGUGGCGAAUUGGAUCCACGCUCGCUCCACUAGAAAGAAAAGAUGCCCCUACACCAAAUAUCAAACCCUAGAGCUGGAGAAAGAGUUUCUGUUCAAUAUGUAUCUCACACGGGACCGGCGCUACGAAAUGGCCCGGGUUCUGAACCUGACUGAACGCCAAGUCAAAAUAUGGUUUCAGAACAGGAGGAUGAAAAUGAAGAAAAUCAAUAAGGAAAAGAAUGACGUCAAAACGCAAUGACGACUCCGGACGCCACAAAUAACAGCAACGACAAAGUCGCCUUCUAUUUUAAUUUCACGCUUAUUUCAUUGUCAUCGUGCACCGGCCGUGGCUUUUGACUGUGCAAAGCGAGGUUCGAAGAGGGUUAGAUUUACAGACACACACCGGGCAGUAUUUGAACCACAGGUUUAUCAAAUAGCUGCAUCUCAUUUAAAAAAAAAAAAGUACUUGAAUUUAUUAUUAUUGUUAUUAUUAUUAGUAUUGUUGUUGUUUUUUUUUUCUUUGUAACUUAUGACCAUCCAGUGCUUCUAGUUUAUUUUCCCAACGGUUGUAAGUUCUGCACUUGCAUAUUUUGUACAAAUUAAAAACCACACACACGAGAAAAUAGCAGGAAUGUUUCCAUGUGCGUGUCGAUGUCUCCUGUGAGGUAACAGUUUUCCAUGUACUUAUUUGUCUUCUUUUUUUUUGCAUUCUUCAGCCCACGCCCUGUAAUAUUGUGUCCUGUUGUACACUGUAGCUCUAUUUAAAUAUACCUGACGUCACUAGA